GUGGAGCUGCAGUCACAGAAUGAAUCUCCAGCGCAGGAGCGAAUGUCAUUGCUGAGAGCUGGCGUUCUUCCGUCCGUCUGCAAGCGUGUGCGAGUGAGAGUGUGUGUGUGCGUGUAUGUGUGUAUGUAAGCGAGCGUGCGCAAGAGUACGGGUCAUGUAGAAAUGGCAGCAUAGCAGCGUAGCAGCUUGGACUCGGACGCUAUUGGGAGUCUCUCUGUGGAUGUGUAACGGCCGAGUGGAAGUGACUAACGAUCUGUUUACGUCUGUGGAGCAACUUCCAGCAUGGCAGGUCCUCUUCCUCCUCUCUCAUUCCUUCAUCUGCCCUCUCUCCUCUGCUGUCUUCCACCCGUCGGAGCCCUGCUGCACUGAAAGAGCGAAAGUGUGAGAGAGGAAAGAAGAGAGAGGACAUGCAGUGGCCAGAGCAGCAGGCUCUGUCUCAGCUUCAUCAGUGACCUGCAUCUGGAGGAACCAUGGUGAGCAAGGAGGUUGGAAAAUGCAUGCUCACCAACUCCGAGUCGGACUCCGAGGCAGCGCCCUCUAUGGCCCUGGAGGUGAAAGGGCCAUCGGACGGGAGCAGGCAGGUGCGCAAGCGCAACAAAGCCCUGCAGGUGCGUUUCAAGGACAUCUGCGAGGCCCAGAGCGAGCAGGCAGCUGCGGCGCGAGGAUCCAAGUCUGUCUCCUAUAAGGUGGCUUACCGGAAGUAUAUGACCGUCCCUGCCCGGAGAUCCAUCCCCAACGUGACCAAAAGUACCGGAGUGCAGACCUCUCCAGAUCUGAGGAAGCGAUAUCAGACUUUUCCACUCGAGAGGAAGAAAGGACACACCGUGAAGCAUGCCGCUACAGUGGAAAGCUACAAGGACCAGGAUAAUGGAUUUGUUAUUGACAUUAAGCGGGCAAAAGCGGGCGAGGGUGGUAAGGAGGGGGCACCAUCUCACACUGUGCGGAAGACUAGAGCGUUAAUGCACACCAACGAAUGCAUAGCCACUAUUGAGCACCACCCGCACACUACAGAGUGCACAGAGAGGACACUGCUGCCCUGUUCAGUGGAAUCUGGGGCAGACCAAUCAGACUACCAGAUCUGCGCGGUGAGGAGUAAACACCGCAAGAGCUUCCAGAGGGACUCGGAGUCACUGGACCGCUCAGGGAAGCGGCAGCUGUUGAACUCUGAUGAUGGAGGCGGCAGGGCUUUGCCAGACUCCAGCUCCAAGGUGACGGGGCCCAUCGCCUGGAACUCCCUCACGCAGGUGGAGUGUCUAGACAGCCCGUCGGCACGCAGCAAGCGCAAAAAGGCCCUGCAGUUGAAUGGCCUGCAGUCCCAGACUUUGCCCAGGACCGGCUGCACCACGCAGGCGCAGUGCCAUGCCGGAAUGAUCUCUGCCCGGCCUUUACGGGCCAUGGAGGAGGCAGAGGCGACGGCCCCUGUCAGUACGGCACCCAUCGCCAUGCCAGCGCCUGCAUGUGGGGGCGGGACAGGGACGGGGACAGCAGCAGGGACUGUACAAGUGGACAGUGAGGCCUGCAAGCAGAUCGUGCCUGUCAAUCAGGACAAGGAUGUAAAAGCACAGCUGCAGGCCAUGGAGAGCAUGAUCAGCUCUAGCCAGGAAACCAUCAAAGUGCUGCUAGGAGUCAUCCAGGAGUUGGAGAAGGGAGAGGCUCUCAGAGAAGGUCUCUCCUAUCGAACCGGGCAGGACACGGCCAACUGCGACACGUGCCGGAACAGUGCGUGCAUAAUUUACAGUGUGGAGCUAGACUUUAAGCAGCAGGAAGAUAAGCUGCAGCCGUUGAUGAAGAGGCUAUGCUCAGCGGAGGACUCGCCCUUUCCUUCACUGCCUUACCCCCAGGAGGCCUACACCUCUACUCCCAAACGCAAGGCCAAAGCAGAGGCCAAGAAACACGCUCGCUGGAAACUCUGGUUCUUAUGAAAGAACACACAGCAGGACACACUCUCUC